AUGCCAGUUAAAGAUUCCAAGUCCAUCACCAAGAUGCCGACCAAGCAAGAGCGUUCCAAGAGCCUGGCUCCCGCACCGAGGAAGCAGACCUUCCGGCGCAGCAUCUCGGAGGCGCCAUCCCACUCCCAGCUGCUGGAGCCCCUGGACCAGCGUCGCAUCCACCAGCAGCUACUUCGAGUCUAUCUCCGGAUCAAGCCACUCGGCGAGGAGCUAGGUGGCACGGAGCAACCACGUGCCUGGCUGGAGCAGGUCCCGCCCAGUACAGUGCGAGUGGAUCGCUCGGCUCUGCCCUCGGCGCCGGCCCGGACCCCCCAGACACCAGGAUCGUCACAUUGCCCGGCCAGCCGGAGUACUGCCGACCUCGCCAACGCCGGAGCCAGCCCCGGAACCGGAACGACCGCCACUGGCUUGCCAGGUCAGAUGGAGUUCCGGUUCCGGAGCGUCCUUUCGGAAUGUGCUACGCAGUUGCUGGUGUUCCGGACCGUUGGCGAGGCGGCUCUUCGGCAACUCUACACAGGCGGCAGUGGCCUCAUCCUGGUGACCGGCGCCGGGGGCAGCGGCAAGACACACACCCUCCUCGGCCCCCAUCCCCGGGACACCAUUGAGGGCGGGCUCCUCUACCGGUGCAUCAACGCCGUCUUCCGCAGUGCCGGCUGCGAGUUCGUGGAUCGGUGCCAGAUCCUAGCGAACGACUCGGGGACAGGAUUCCGGAUGGCCUCCGACAAGAAGGCCCCGGUGGCAGCCACCCACAAGGAGCGCGCCGCCGCUGACAAACACCGAACGGACUGCCUGUGGCAGACUGGUGGCGUCAAGCUGCUGACCCAUCGGCGGAAGCACGCCUGCUUCCUGGGCGCCCUGAUGGUGCACGAGGGCAGCUUCUACGACCUGCUCGGCGAGCAGCCCGCCGCCGCCGACGAGACUCGUCCGGCAGCCGUUAUCCUGCGGGAGGACGGGCGCGGCCGGAGCUAUGCCGUGAGGGGCAGUCGCCUGGAGAUCCGCAGCGUCGAGGAGGCGGAAGGCCUCAUCAAGAUGGCUCUGAAUCGCAAGAACCUCUGGACCGGAUCGGGCAGGAGUCACCUCCUCGUCAACGUCUACCUGGCCUUUGUGGAGGUCCCAGCCAAGGGCACCAGCAUCGACUGCGGCCAGCUGACCCUGGUGGAGGUCCUGGCCCCCGAAACCGAAGUCCAGAAAACGAGGAGACCCUGCGACGCCCUCAAAACGGUCUACACUCUGAAGCAGUGCCUGUCCACGUUGCAGUUCAACCAGCUGGCCGUCCUGAAGGGCAGGAACCAGAGGAAGCGUCCACCGCACCGCGAGUCCAGCCUGACCCAGUUCCUGGGCCACUUCUUCGACGUCAGCCAGCCGGCGAAUGUGGUGUGUCUGGCGACCGUGAGUCUGGACCCCAAGCAGGCGAUGGAGAACGUCAGGGCCCUGAGCUUCGCCGAGGAGACCAUAAACCUGUCCUGUCCCUCCCUCAAAGACGAGCAACCUAUCAACAGCUUUCUGGAGGAGAGUAUCGAGCCGUUCGGCGUUUCCGGGCAGGUCGUUCCCACAUUCCUGGACAGGAACAUCCGACCCGACUACAAGGCGAUCCGGACAGUCAGGGUGAUCGACAUACCGCCGUUCGACAAUGUCCAGAGCUUCAUUUCCCAGCUGAGAGCCAAGCUGAGGCGUCGUCGCAACUUUGUCCAGCUCUCCAAGGAUCUGGCCAAGAAGCUGCAGAAACAGCUGCCGGGCCGGGAAGAGAUCUUCGGCUUGCAGAAGACGGCCAUCAAGGAGGUGGAGCAACGCAUCAAGGAGAUGGAGCCUCUGAUAGCUCGGCUGGAGGAGCUGAAGACUCUUGUUUCGUACCGACAGCUGUCCUCGCAGUGCCAGGAGGUGGAGAAGCGCGCCCAGGUCAGCGAGAACAUGAUGAAUGCCAGGAACCAGCAACUGGAGCACCACAUGGCCCUCAAGGAUCGCAACGAAGACCUGGAGCUGUCCGGUGAUGGUAGCAGACGUACCCAGAAGGAGAAACGCUCGCCAGUGUGGCACUAUUACUAGAGGACAUGUUGCGACAUGUUUGAAAAAGUGUGACCAUGACUCGGCUUGGAUUUUUUAAAAUUCAAAAUUCAAAAUUCCCCGAAAUUCUCAGUGAUGGGCAAGUUUUUGGUAAUAUUUUUGGAACUCUUACUCUGAUAAGGAAGAAUCUACAAGAAUUGACAAGAUUGAGCAAGUAUGGACAGGUGUGACCUUGUAGUAAAACAUAAAAUGUUCGGU